UGUAGUUCCCAAUUGAAACUCACCUCAAACAUGGAUGACUCACUUGAGUUAUAGGGACUAUUAUUCCUGCCAUGGAUUUGUAGUGAAAGGGCAAUCAUGAUUUUUUUUUCUUCACCAGGUAUUCGUAUGCACAAUCGAGUAAACAAUAUAGGUGAGUUUAAAUUAGGGUCAAGCCAAUAACAAAAGAUAGCAGUAAGUUAAACCUGCCAUUUUUGUACAAAAAGGAAGCUGCUAUUUGGGAACAGUAUAAAUACCGUCCAAAGUCACUGAAAACCCUUUUUGAAACCCACAACUCUUCGGUCUCGGACUGUUGUUUGGAGGCUGAGAAACUGAGGGAAAAAAGACUAAAUGAAAUGACGGGAAGUCCCACUGAAUCCAGGCCUUCUAAAAUACUUAAAACCCAAGGUCACACCGACCAAGAUAAAGAAGAUAAACAACUACAAGACUUAAGCAUGAGCAAAAACCCUAGAAUCCAGCGCUAUUUAGUAGCUAUUGAGUACAUCGGAACUCGCUUCUCUGGGUCGCAGCAGCAGCCCAAUUGUCGCACAGUCGUUGGCGUAUUAGAGGAGGCUUUUCAUAAAUUUAUAGGUCAGCCGGUUUCGAUCUUUUGCUCAAGUCGAACUGAUGCUGGUGUACAUGCCUUAUCAAAUGUUUGCCAUGUAGAUGUGGAACGCAUAAGCAAAAGAAAGCCUGGUGAAGUGUUACCGCCUCAUGAACCAUCUGUUGUUAGAAGAGCUGUGAACCAUUUCUUGCAGAAGAAUGAGGGUGAUAUUUCAGUGAUCGAUGUCCGAUGUGUUCCAAAUGAUUUCCAUGCAAGAUUUAAAGCUCAGGAGCGCACGUACUUUUACCGCUUGGUUUCUGGCUCUGAGCCUUUGUCUACCUUUGAAAAAGAGCGGGCAUGGCAUGUACCAGAGAAACUAGAUCUAAAUGCAAUGCAGGAAGCAUGCAAAGUUCUUGUUGGACAUCAUGAUUUUAGUUCCUUCAGGGCAGCAGGUUGCCAGGCAAACUCACCAAUCAGAACUUUAGAUGAACUCCACGUCUGUGAGGUACCUGCAACUCCUUAUUUCCCGUCAAUCACAGAGAGGGAACAGAACAAUUCAAGCUUGAAAGAUUCUCAUACAUGCUCUGUUAAGCCUGAGGUUGAGCUCCCCAUUAAUUCAUUCUCCAAUACUAAUGAUAUGGUAGACACGAAUAAUGGUAAAAGUAAUCUAGAAGAAUUUGGAAUAAGGAGGAGACAUUGCAGCUAUGUGGUAACAGCACGGGCACGCUCCUUUCUUUACCACCAGGUCAGACUGCUUGUUGGUGUUCUCAAAUGUGUUGGUACCGGAGAGUUGACAACUUCUGAUGUGGAAAGAAUUCUGAAUGCAAAAACAGUGACUGCCGCAAGUCCAAUGGCCCCUGCAUGUGGUUUAUACCUUGGACGUGUGAAGUAUGACCUACCAUGAUCAUGAGAUGCUUAAGCUGUUGUUUCCUACUACAUGAGCCUCUACUUUGGUCCAGGGACGGACUCUAAAAUGGGGCUAAUUUCCCCCCCCCCCCCCCCCCAAAACUAUUACGAAUACAGUAAUUUUAAAUGUCUUUAUUGAAAUUUCAGUCGUAUUAUAAUAAGUAACAAGACUAUUUGGAUAGGUAGUUCAUCACUCUUUCAAGAAAGUACAUUUCCAAGAAAUAUCUGGUAAUGGAGUUAAAUACUUGAACA